AAACAAGUCGCGGCCACGGUCCAAGCGCUUUCGGAGCUGCAGUAAUGCGUUCGUUGGGUUACAUUGCCUCUGCUGAGCCCUGCUGCUCGGUCGCCCUGGGGCGUUGUACCCUCUCAGAGAGUUUUACAGACACUAACAAAUAAAGUGGGCCGUUUUGUCAGCAGGGUUUCUCCGCUUAUUGUUUUGCUGCUGCUGUGACGGGAGCUACGGAAACGGCACCCGUUUAAUCACUGUAGGCUAACGGCCAGGGCGUCACAGACAGGAUGAUCUACAUCAUAAUGGGAGUCUCGGGUUGUGGAAAAACCAGUUUGGGGACAUUCCUUUCUGAAAAGCUUGGCUGGCCCUUCUAUGAAGGCGAUAACUUCCACCCGCAGGAGAACAUUGAGAAGAUGGCUCGUGGAGAACCGCUCACAGACCAGGACAGAUUUCCUUGGCUUCUCAGACUACAUGAAGUCAUUGAGAGAGAAAGGUCUUCAGGCUCAGAUGCUCUUUUAGCGUGUUCAGCUCUGAAGCGGCUCUACCGGCAGAUUCUCCUCAACGGCUCCACGGUGGUGGCACCAACCAGUAGCGCCUCACUUCCCUCCUCUCCAGAGGUCUUCUUCCUCUACCUGCAUGGCGACUACGAUCUCAUUCACCAGAGGAUGGUGGCCCGACAGGGACAUUACAUGAAGGCAGAUCUGCUGCGCUCCCAGUUUGAUAUUUUGGAGCCUCCAUCAGACGAGGAAAAUGUGCUCACCCUGGACAUCAGGAAAAGCCGGAACGAGAUGAUCCUGGAAGUAGAGAAGCACAUUGAGAGUCUGAAGUGGUGAAGUUGUAAUCGUGGCAAACGAAUGGGAACACUAUGACUCUUACCCAUUUUUUCAUGGGUAAAAUGAACUGAACUUUUGCUUUAUUGCCCUGAAAAGGCCCUCAAAUCCAUAUGUCUUAAAUGUUUCAUAUGAGUAAUAAGCAUAUUAUUUGCUACAUAUCGAUAACUCUUUUUGAUCAUUUUCCUCUUCUCUUAACCUACUUUUUUGUUUUCAUAAAAUGAAGUUCAGAAUUUAUUCCUGAGUGCUGUUAUACGUGUUUUUCUCCCCGAAAGAAAUACUAUUUUUUAUAAUCAAUUGUCUUUUUAUGGGAAUCAUCAACAUGAUAGAAGUUUACUUUAUGAUCACAUACUUGCUCACUAGGAAGUGAAUUCCUAGAAAAUGUUCUCACAAUAAGUAAAAGGAUUUGCAGUAAAACGUUUUCAAGAUUAUAAAAAGUAAAAAUGUAUGCAAAGUUAAGAUUGAAAUUAUUCAUACUCCUGGCAGAUUUAAGUUUAAAGUAAUAUUUUAAUUUUGCCAACUGGUUUCUUCUCACUGGAGGUAAUCUUAAUCUUUUUAGAGUGGCUGAAUUAAAUCUGAUUAGGAAUCUGUGAAAGGAUCUGAAGAUUAGGAUGAUGACAAGGAGCCCUUCCACUCAAACAUUUGGAGCUCAUAUAGAAAAAAAUCCGCCUCUCUGCAAUUAUAAGGAAAGUUUGAUUUGCUGUAAUGCCUAUAAAGAUUUUGCCUUUGAUUAUUGAGAAGGGUAUAAAAUAUUACACAUUUAUUUUUUAUUAUAUGCAAAUAAAAACAGUUGUUUUAUUCUUUUGGGUAUGCCUGCUCCACUUCCUACCAGAAACAAACUUCUUGGUUGAAUGAAUGUUAAAUCUAUAAGUUGUCUGAAACGUUCCAGGUUUAGCUGGAGGGAUUCUCGGCUUUGCAGCAGGUUCAGCCUCAGGCGUCUCUCUGUAGACUUGGCGCCCCUGAUUUGGGGGAUUUUGCUGCCGUUUUUCUAAAGCUCAGUCUGGUUUGAAAGAAACACUCUACCUUAGACGAGCGCUGAGAAGCUUUACUCUACUUUUACUUCAGGAUAACAUCCUAAUCUGUGUCCGUGGGUUAAAGCUGAGAAAUAAUAACACUUCAAAGUUUUUCUCCUUCCGCCUAAAAUAGGAAGUCUUUGUUGUUUUGUCCAGUUAAAAUGUCUGAAACCUCAAAAGAUCUGAAUCAAAUCAAACCUGUUGUGGUUUAAUUCUUACAGAUUCCAUAUAUUUUAAGGUUUUUAGAGAAGUUUAGAGGUUCUUGACCAUUUUGUUAAUAACAAUGUAGAAGUUCACACUUGCGUGAUGGAACAUCAUUAAAUAUAGGUCUCUACUAGACAUCUUAUUUAAAUUAUUUGAUCAAAAUUUUAAAAAAUUACACAACAUUGGUUUUAAAAUAUACAUUUUAGAGUUAAUUAAAUUAAACAUCAAAUCUGUUCUCAGAAUGUUAGAAAAUGAAAUCUCAAAUAUUCGUUCUAAUUUCCACUGGAAAGUGUUUGAAAUACACAGCAAGUUCAUUUUCCAUCUUUGCAUCUUUUAUGGGUCAACAUCAAAAAGCAGCAACCAAAUUUUAAAGGUGCAUUCCUCACAUUUAAUAAGACCAAAGAUGACUGCUGAUUCAAAAUAAGCACACAAGUGGAAGGCAAGUUUCACUCUUCUCGCUACCUUGCAGGGCAAAGCAGGUCGAAUCUUUGUAACGUCAUUUGUCAGGUCUGUUGGUAUCUUCAGAAGACACUCUGAGCGAGAGAGCGCUCCACUCCAUACUGAAGAGCUGUUUCUGUGCCAUGACUCAUCUUCAAACCUCAACUUGAAUAUUUUUGGAGCUUCUAAUCCAGAAAACCCCCUCAGCUACUCCCAUAUCUCUCACCCUCACACAGCUGGAGAUUAAACCCCCUCCGUCUGGCAGCCACAGAGAAACUCAGGCAGGUUGUCAAGUCGAGAACACACACACACACACACACACACACACACGUUUAACGUGUCGAGAACGCCUCAUGCUUGUCAGGAAGCUGAAGAUCUCAGAGUGACUCUUGCACAUUUAGGAUACACUUUAGGUAGACAAGGUAAACAAAAUAAGGUUGCUUCUAAAGGUGGCAUUAAAAUGUAAAUUUUUUGUUUAUUUAACCAUUUAAACUGUAAAGUAAUUGAUUUCUAAGUUAAGCAUUGCAGAUAAAUAUGAAGAUAUGAAUUAACCUGCAGUGCUGUUUAAAUCCCAGACCAAAGAAAACAAAACAAAACAAAAAGGAAAACAAAACUGCCCUCUAGUGUUUAAAGUUAGAAAGAAGGUUUUCCUAUCUGUAGAGAUCACAAGCUCAUUAAAAGUAGAUAUUUUCUGGAGCCUUUUCGGAGGCCAGACACAAAAGUUACUGCAGGUAUUUUGAGAACAUGUAAACAACUGAAACAAAGUCACAGAGCUACCAUAAUACAUUUAUUUGUUUGGUUUUGUGUGACUGAUUAAAACAUUAAAAUCAACCAUAAAACAGCAAAAUACAUCUCUCUUUUUGGAAGAAAAAAAAAAAACAGAGACGUUUUUCUGGAAAUAACCCC